AUGGCUUGCAGUUCCAGUAGCAAUAACAUAUGUGAUGAUGUGCCACAACCUGUCAAGGUUGCGAAGCCAAUUGGUGAUGUAGUUAAGAUUUCUGCAGAGGGAACUCACAACCAAAAGAAUCAUUACAAGGCAUUCAAAUUCGAUGGGAACACUUACGAGCUAGGAGAUAUUGUGCUUUUAGCUCCCGAUUCUCAAGCACGGACGACGAAGCCGUAUGUGGCUAUGAUAAAGGAUAUCAAUGAAAUGGAAAAUAAGGAAAUAAUGUUGAUUAUCCAAUGGUUUUAUCGUCCCGAGGAUGCAACACCAAAAAGGAGUGGUCAAAGUGGUAAAAACAUGGAACUAGUUGGUGCCAGAGAACUAUACUAUAGUUUCCACAGGGACGAAGUUUCUGCCGAGAGCGUGGUGCACAAGUGUAUUGUACACUUUGUGACCACACAAAAGCAUAUCCCACCGCGUAAGGAGUAUCCGGGUUUUAUAGUUCAGGAGGUGUAUGACCCGAAGUCUAAGAGGCUCCUCAAGCUCACCUCCAAUGGUUUUAAGCAAGACUUUAAAGAAGAAAUUCAUCUGCUUGUUCAGAAAACAAUGCGUAAUUUGGGGAUCCUUCCUGACAUGGAUCGUGUCGUUUAG